AUGGGCUCUCUGUUAAUCUACACAUCUCCUGCUUACUUCAGAUGCACCGGUAAAGAAAAUGAAAAUGUAAGGAAGGGCUUGCCCUUCCCCGGCCCACCAUCUCGCAAACCCGCCGCGAGGCGUCAAGAGAAACAGCUUUAUUUUGGCAAGGGCGGGCGCCAACCGGGGCCAGGGCGCCGCCCGGGGGCCCGGGGCCGGAAACGCCCCCGCGAGCGGCGCACCCCGCCGCCCCAGCCCCACACACCGGCCGGGCGCCGGGCUGCGGAGGGGCCGCCGCAGGGUGCGGAGGGCGGCGCCGGCUGCCCGCGCCCCUCCCCCGCCCGCGGCGGAAACGUCUCCGGUUUGAAAGAUGCCGCCGCCGCCCCCCGCCCCCCCCCCGCCCACGGAGCCACAAAGGGCCGAGCCCCCUCCCACCGCUGUCCUCCUUCCCCAAUUCCUCCACAGGUCUUCGCGGGCUCUCCCCGCCCGCCCCUCCCUCUCGCCCGGCGCUGGCGACGCCUGCUCACCCGUGUCCCCAGGUCCGGAAGAUUGGGAUCCGGUGCGGCCAAAGACCCCGAAAACACUGGGCCCCUCGGGCGCGGCGGCGGGGGCGUGGCCCUCCCGCCCAGGCCAGGGCCGGGGUCUCGCCUCCGCCUCCCCCGAGGAAGCCUGGAGCCGCCGCCUCGUCUUCCUUCCGGCUUUCCCUCGCGCCCUCCCUUGGUCGGCCGGUCCUGCGCGGAAAGCAGCGUCCUCUGCGGGCGCCGCCGCACGCUCCUCAGGGCCCGACCACCGCCAGACUCCUCCCCCGGGAGCCGCCGGGCCGCGAGACGCCCGGCUCGCCGCUCCUGCCCCGCCCCUGCGGCGCGCGCUCGCCCCCUUCGCGGGCCCCUUCCGCGGCCCGGGAACGCGCGGCCGGCGGACCGUGAGCCAGCCUUCGCCAGGUUUCAAUUCCCGCCGCUCGCGCCCGCCCAGCGGCACAUGCGGCAGUUUUGCAGUUUCCCGGGUUCUGGAGGAUCCCCCUCCCCGUUCUCCCGCCCUUACCCUAGCUUCCCCCGCCCUUUUCCUUUGCUGGAUCCCACCGGAAAGCCAAAACAAUUGGGUCCGCGCAAGCGCGAAAAAGGAAGCGGAAAAGGGAGGAAGGGAGGGGGCGGUGCGAGGUGA